UCGUCCCGUCUGCUCCCGUCUAGUGUCAACGCGCAGCGCGCGUAUGCGCGUAUUCGCACUGCCUUCCUCCUUUCUGACGAUUUUGGUGCUCUAUUCUGGUUGUGGCUUAGUUAGUAAUCAUUCUGACUUUGUGAUUCAGUCCGUGUUCACAUUAUUAUACAUUGGUGAAUCGUGUGGUGCGAACACUUGGAACAUUUACUAUUACACAAUAUUGGAGCUAUUCUUCAACAUCAAUUCCAACAAGUUCCUGAUUCAAACUGUGAAAAUGGCUUCAGCAUGGGGCAAGGUGCCACAAGUACAGCCAGUGGACCUCUCAGAUAUCAUGUCUGAAGAAGUGGCCAAAGAUUUGCAGAAAAAGGAAUUCGCCUACUUCGAGAACGCAACCGCACAAGCACUUGUUGCAAUAAAUCCAGGAGAAAAUCUCAUUCCUGAAAUUAAGGAUGACAAAUUAGAUGAAAUUGCUGUUAAAGAGUUGCUCUAUGAUGAAGCUGAAGUACAAGAUGACCUGGAGAUUGCAAUGAUGUUGCAACAACAGUAUGAUAAGGAGUAUGAUGAUAUGCUCAAACGUACUGAGGACAAAUACAAUGGCAGCAGCAAAGUAUCUGUCAGUUUCACAAAUUACAGACGAGCAACUUUAAAUCCAGAUUUUGAAAGUGAUACUGACGAAGAGGAAGAACCAGAAAACCCCAAAAAGGACUGGGAUAGAUUUGAUGGCGUUCAGCGUGAUCUUAAAGCGAUGCCGCCCUGUGGUUAUCACAUCAAAAACGGCAACAUGGUGACGAAACACGACACCACUUUGAACGGCCGUCGAAACGCAUGCAGAAUGAUGUCGUUCCCACCUGAAUGCGAGACUGGCGAUGGCGCCGGUUUUGACCUGCAGCUGUCCAACAAAGUUUUCAACAGCUUGCGCAAGCACUCGAAGAAUGAACUAGUUCGCCGUCAUCGCGUAGACCGUAAGGAGGAGCAUGCAACCGCCGAGUUUGGCAUGGACGAAGCCACUCGCUUGCUAAUUUACAGGAUGGUCAAUAAUCAAAUGCUGCAGAAUGUGAACGGAGUGAUCAGCAUUGGCAAGGAGGCGGUUGUGCUGCAUGCCGACGCCAACCAGGAGUAUAAGGAUGUUGAGGUGCCGCUACCAGCUGAGUGUGUCCUUAAAGUAUUUAAAACAACACUCUCGGAGUAUAAGCAACGAGAUAAAUACAUAAAGAAUGACCAUCGCUUUAAAGAUCGCAUGGGUAAGCAGAACACCAAGAAAGUGGUGCAUCUAUGGGCUGAAAAGGAAAUGCGAAAUCUACUUCGUCUGCAGAAGGCUGCCGUGCCAGUACCGCGGGUGGUUGCAUUAAAGCAACACGUGCUGGUGAUGUCCUUUAUAGGCAAGAAGAAUAAACCAGCGCCGAAAUUAAAAGAUGCCAAUUUGAGUGACGCGGACCUCAUUAUCGCUUACGACCAAGUCCUCGAAGCGAUGCAUAACUUCUACCACAAAGCUAACCUGAUCCACGCCGACCUCUCCGAAUACAAUAUCUUAUGGUACAAGGACCAAUGUCAUUUUAUUGAUGUGAGCCAAUCGGUGGAGCCAUCACACGAGAACGCUUUCUAUUUUCUUCUCAGGGAUUGCACUAAUAUCAGCAAGUUCUUUUCGAAGAAAUGUGUGCCUGGUGUUUCCACACCCGAGGAGAUUUUCAAAUCCAUCGUGGGAUGCGAUUACGGCGAUCGCGUGGGCCAACUGGAGCUGCAGGAGCGCUUCAAGAUGAAACCACACCUGGUGGAUAGACCCGGCGUUGAUCUGGAUUAUCGCUUCGACAAUGCUUGGGAACGCACCGAGCGUGCGAAGAAAGAGACUCCGGUCGUAACUGAAUCUCCAAUCCUUCCAGAUGUUGACAUGCCUAAAUCUGUAUAAAACGUUUAUAAAUAUAUGAACCGAAACAUUUCAACAUGA